AUGGUGCUGGUGCUGUCUAAUAGGGAUCCAAUUCCAAACCUGCAAUCUUUUAAGCUAUAUGAUGACCUAGACAACAGUGGUCAGUUACAUGACCUAGACAGCAGUGGUCACUUACAUGACCUAGACAACAGUGGUCAGUUACAUGACCUAGACAGCAGUGGUCAGUUACAUGACCUAGACAACAGUGGUCAGUUACAUGACCUAGACAACAGUGGUCAGUUACAUGUCCUAGACAACAGUGGUCAGUUACAUGACCUAGACAACAGUGGUCAGUUACAUGACCUAGACAGCAGUGGUCAGUUACAUGACCUAGACAACAGUGGUCAGUUACAUGACCUAGACAACAGUGGUCAGUUACAUGUCCUAGACAACAGUGGUCAGUUACAUGACCUAGACAACAGUGGUCAGUUACAUGACCUAGACAACAGUGACAACAGUUGUCAGACAUCUGACCUAGACAACAGCUGUCAGACAUCUGACCUAGACAACAGUUGUCAGACAUCUGACAUAGACAACGACAACAGUUGUCAGACAUCUGACAACGACAACAGUUGUCAGACAUCUGACCUAGACAACAGUUGUCAGACAUCUGACAUAGACAACAGUUGUCAGACAUCUGACCUAGACAACAGUUGUCAGACAUCUGACCUAGACAACAGUUGUCAGACAUCUGACCUAGACAACAGUUGUCAGACAUCUGACCUAGACAACAGUUGUCAGACAUCUGACCUAGACAACAGUUGUCAGACAUCUGACCUAGACAACAGUUGUCAGACAUCUCACCUAGACAACAGUUGUCAGAUAUCUGACAUAGACAACAGUUGUCAGACAUCUCACCUAGACAACAGUUGUCAGACAUCUGACCUAGACAACAGUUGUCAGACAUCUGACCUAGACAACAGUUGUCAGACAUCUGACCCAGACAACAGUUGUCAGACAUCCGACAUAGACAACAGUUGUCAGACAUCUGACCUAGACAACAACAGUCAGACAUCUGACAUAGACAACAGUUGUCAUACAUCUGACAUAGACAACAGUUGUCAGACAUCUCACCUAGACAACAGUUGUCAGACAUCUGACAUAGACAACAGUUGUCAGACAUCUGACCUAGACAACAGUUGUCAGACAUCUGACCUAGACAACAGUUGUCAUACAUCUCACCUAGACAACAGUUGUCAGACAUCUGACCUAGACAACAGUUGUCAGACAUCUGACCUAGACAACAGUUGUCAGACAUCUGACCUAGACAACAGUUGUCAGACAUCUGACCUAGACAACAGUUGUCAGACAUCUGACCUAGACAACAGUUGUCAGACAUCUCACCUAGACAACAGUUGUCAGACAUCUGACCUAGACAACAGUUGUCAGACAUCUCACCUAGACAACAGUUGUCAGACAUCUGACCUAGACAACAGUUGUCAGACAUCUCACCUAGACAACAGUUGUCAGACAUCUGACCUAGACAACAGUUGUCAGACAUCUGACCUAGACAACAGUUGUCAGACAUCUGACAUAGACAACAGUUGUCAGACAUCUGACAUAGACAACAGUUGUCAGACAUCUGACCUAGACAACAGUUGUCAGACAUCCGACAUAGACAACAGUUGUCAGACAUCUGACCUAGACACACAGUUGUCAGACAUCUGA